GCGCUCUAACCACAGCACCGACGGCUUUGCAAAGUGGCAGCUCAGAGAACUAUAGCUAUCAGUCUGAAGCGAAGCUCCACCGGAGGACACGCACUGUGCAUCAUCUCUCCCCCCCCCCAGCUGUCCGUGUGUGGGUCGCAGAAUAACAAACAUUCCCUAAAGAAGCUCAGGAGCGGAUAACCAGCAGCAGAGCAGUGAUGGAUGAAAGAAUACCGCAUUUACAGGACAGGCAGUUCAUGGAGCACGCAGAUUUUUUGGGGGUGGAUUACCCCUCUCUCUACAUGUGCAAAUCCAAAAGAGGAAUAAAACGAGAGGAUGGUGGGAAGGAUGCAUACAAGUUACCACACCGGUUGAUAGAGAAGAAGAGGAGAGACAGAAUCAACGAAUGUAUUGGCCAGCUUAAGGAUUUGUUACCCGAACAUCUGAAGCUGUCGACGCUCGGGCAUUUGGAGAAAGCAGUUGUCCUGGAGUUAACGUUGAAACAUUUAAACGCACUGACUGCUGUCACUGAGCAGCAGCACCAGAAGAUUAUAGCUCUGCAGAAUGGGGACCGGUCGAUUAAAUCUUCCAUUCAUGCAGAUCUGGAUGCGUUCCACUCCGGGUUCCAGGCCUGUGCCAAAGAGGUCCUGCAGUACCUGAGUCAGUUUGAGAACUGGACGACGCGAGAGCAGAAGUGCGCGCAGCUCAUCAGCCACCUUCACAAGGUGUUGGCGCAGUUCCAGUCCGGCGCGCCGCCGCUCCAGCACCAGCUACCCGCCGGGGACACACAGGAUGGCCAGAAAGCCGACAGCCAAGCCAACUGUGUCCCGGUCAUCCAGAGGACCCAAGGCGGGGAGCUUAACGAGAAUGACACAGACACGGACAGUGGAUACGGGGGCGAGGCUGAAAAGAGCGACGGCAAAGAUAAAGAAUGUGAGCGCAAUAAGGCGCAGGGGUACAAGGCAGUGAAGAUCAAGCAAGAGUUUGGAGAUGAUCGCGCUGCCAAAAAACCAAAGAUGAACUGGCCUGGGAACGGGUUAGGUGGCACAGACCCCACCAGACCCGAUCUGGCGUUUAUGAACUCUCUGAUGGGAAUAAGCAGUGUGGGACAGCAGACACCUAUUUGCAUGCCUUUCUACUUCAUCAACCCCUCAGCCGCGGCGUCUUAUAUGCCUUUUUUCGACAAAAGCAACAUUGAAAAGUACAUGUACCCAGCGGCAGCUCUGGCAUCCCCUUUCCCCUGGCUGUACCCUGCACACGCGUCAGCAGCGGCGGCCGCGGCGGCUGCUGCAGCUCUGCCCGGCUUGUCUGUGCACUUUGGAGCCUCUGCUCAGUCCAAGGACUGCCACAGUCCAGACAGCGACGAGUCACACGAUGCUGAGUUAAGUUCACCCAAGGAGCUCGAGGAAAGUCCCGCGAGUGACGACGGGGAGGAUGACGUAGCUGAUGCGUCCCAUGAAAGCAAGAAUAGCCCACAUGAUCAGUUUUCUGCUUGUCAAACGAGCUAAUUUGUUUGUUACCUUUCCGUGCAUUCUGCUGAGGAGUUUAUGUAUGUCAUUUUUUUUUUAAAUUUUUUUUUUUAAUUAGAGUAGUUUUUCAACGAGGUUUCACAGAAGAGUUUCUCAUGUUCAAUAUCUUGGCGAAACAGGAGACAGUUGUGACGGCGUGUGCCUUUUGCACUUAUGCUAGAUUAAUCAAUGUAAAUGAUUAUCGACAAUGAUUGACAUUAAUACACGGCUGUGUUUUGCUGGAGCAAGUUUUUUAAUCCUCUUUGAUAAAAUAUUUAGAAGUGGCAGCAUUGGUGCCAAAACUUUGAGUAUAUAGCCUAUUGCAACAGUGCGCCAUAUCCCAAUCAGCGAGUCUCUUUGGAUGUAUGAAGUUGAUACUGACCUCUGCCAAGGCUAUUAAGAGCUUGGCUGACUCUGACUGUAAAUAUUAUUACCUGGAAUUCUGAUUCAUUAACAUGUAAAUGGGCCUAUAAAAGACGUCCACAGUACCUCAUCCCCAACUCUGAAUGGGGUAGGCUGAUUGGGAGGCACAUAACUGUCCCUCCUGAGAAGAAAUGAAUGGUACCCCCCUCCUAACACACUUUACAAAGGAUGAAAUUAUGGGAUAGGUCAAAUGCCUGGUUGCCCUCAACUCAUUUUACCGAUCUGAGUUUACUCUGGUUUCCUUUACUUCUUUGGUCUUGUGAGGAAAGAAAGGAAGAAGAAAAAAAAUCACUGAAACCAUUCAGAAUAAUUGAAAGAAGAAACCCUUUAUUUACAAGGGGCUGCUUGACCAGCAUAUCCCCCCCAGUCCCUGAAUUAAGCAUUUCAGCACAGAGAUGCAGUAACAUCCUGUACCUCCAGGAACCAUUGUAGGAUAGCACCUUAUAGAUCUUUGAUAUUGAAUGUAUCUGUAUUUUCCCAGCUGUUAAAGUUUGUAUAUCGGAUGAUCUUUACUCUUUGAGAAGUAAAGUGCACUUUUUUCUGCUUUUACUCCCCCAAAACAGUCACCUUAUCAUUUUGAAAGUCAAUCACUGUAGUUCUCUUAGAGCCUUUUUGUUGUGUUGAGUUGUCUUGAAAUAAAAAUAAAUAUGAUUUCAUUUGAAAAGAGAGAGCAGAGACACCACAUGCUUUGUGAUGAUUUCAUGCAGUGAAGUGGCCAUUUCCCAGAUUUGACAAAACACUGCUUAUUUCUGUCUCUUUCUCGCUUUUCAAAUAUUUGACAAAAGCGGGAAAGAAGCUGUGGUCAUGUGGCCAUACUUAUGAUCAUUGCAGUUUUUAGGAACUUUAACUUUAUCUUGGCCUGUUUUCUAAGAGAUUAAUUCCUUUAAGUGUAGUGUUGUUCAGCUUUUUUAAGUUUCACACGUGACUGAGUAAACAGACUAUUUUCAUUGUAUUUUGCAUAUAUUUUGCAAAAUUGCUUUUGUAGUUUACUUAAGCUGUUUUUUUGCCUCAAAUCUGUUAACAACUGUUAUAUAAAGUGGCAUGUGUGUCUGUAAAUAGAACUUUUUGUGAAUAUACCAUAAAGUAUUCAUGUCUAUGUCAAUGUUGUAGAAGUCUGUUUUUUUUUUUAAAGAUUUAAAUGAGCAACUGUUGCACAUUUCGUUAAUGCUUUACACAUAUGCUGUUCUAAAUUAUUGCUGAUGAGUUGUAAAAUAAAUAUCAAAACUAAACUCUG